CACUGCAGCACCCAGGCAGCUCCAGAGUUGGGGAAGGAAUUAAGGAGGCUGUGCCUCCGGAUGGUGCGGAGAGUCUGAGUCGUUUCUCAGAAACCUGGGAUAGGUGGGCCUCAGAGGAGACGCCGCCCGGAGCACCACCAGGACAAGGAAUCACACUGUCUGCUUGGGAGCGGCAGAAUUUGGCACUUCUCUGCGUGGAGGUGAGAGAGAAGCUGUCCGUCCUCCCAUGGCUGGUGAGAGGAGGUGAACACCGCCGGGAAAGAUGGUCUCCAGGGUUGGCCCCGCAGAGCAGCAGCAGCUCCGGCUCCCAGGCUGGGCCCAGGGAAAGUGGCUGUAGGACACCAUGGACCGAGCCCACGGCGCCGCCCUGCAGCUGCGCCAGCUGCCACCCACAAGCAGCGCCCACCCGCUCACCGAGCUUUCCUUCUCCUACAAGGAGAACUUGAUCGGCGCCCUUUUGGCGAUUUUCGGGCACCUUGUGGUCAGCAUUGCGCUUAACCUACAGAAGUACUGCCACAUCCGCCUAGCAGGCUCCAAGGACCCCCGAGCCUAUUUCAAGACCAAAACAUGGUGGCUGGGCCUGUUCCUGAUGCUGCUGGGUGAGCUGGGCGUGUUUGCCUCCUACGCCUUCGCUCCGCUGUCGCUGAUCGUGCCCCUCGGUGCGGUCUCCGUGAUAGCUAGCGCCAUCAUAGGAAUCAUAUUCAUCAAAGAAAAAUGGAAACCCAAAGACUUUCUGAGGCGCUACGUCUUGUCCUUCGUCGGCUGUGGUCUGGCCAUCGUGGGCACCUACUUGCUGGUGACAUUCGCACCUAACAGCCACGAGAAGAUGACAGGCGAGAACAUCACCAGGCACCUCGUGAGCUGGCCUUUUCUCUUGUACAUGCUUGUGGAGAUCAUCCUGUUCUGCUUGCUGCUCUACUUCUACAAGGAGAAGAACGCCAACAACAUCAUCGUGAUUCUUCUCCUGGUGGCGUUACUGGGCUCUAUGACGGUGGUGACCGUGAAGGCCGUGGCCGGGAUGCUCGUCUUGUCCAUACAGGGGAAUCUGCAGCUCGACUACCCCAUCUUCUACGUGAUGUUCGUGUGCAUGGUGGCCACCGCUGUCUACCAGGCUGCGUUUUUAAGUCAAGCCUCGCAGAUGUACGACUCCUCUUUGAUUGCCAGCAUGGGCUACAUUCUGUCCACUACCAUUGCCAUCACAGCAGGCGCAGUGUUUUACCUGGACUUCAUCGGGGAGGACGUACUGCACAUCUGCAUGUUUGCACUGGGGUGCCUCAUUGCAUUCUUGGGCGUCUUCUUAAUCACACGUAAUCGGAAGAAGGCCAUUCCAUUCGAGCCCUACAUUUCCAUGGAUGCCAUGCCAGGUAUGCAAAACAUGCAUGACAAGGGAAUGACAGUUCAGCCUGACCUCAAAGCUUCUUUUUCCUAUGGGGCCCUGGAAAACAACGACAACGUUUCAGAGAUCUACACUCCUGCCACGCUGCCCGUCAUGCAAGAGGAACACAGCUCCGGGGGUGCCUCUGGGGUGCCCUACCGAGUCCUGGAACACACCAAGAAGGAAUGAGCCCACCUUGAAGGAGACUGCCCUUCCCUCCAUUUAUAACUGCUCUCAAGCCAGGCCGACAGUGAGCAGUUUGACCCUGAAUUCUAAAGUUUGCCUUUCAAGUUCUUUUUUUUUUUAAACAGAGAACUCUCUAGAAGGGGAUCUCGGAGACCGUUUGUCUCUGGCAAAGAAUAUAUUAUCUUGGUCUCAGAGGUUUCAGAUGACCGGGGUGGGGGGUGGGGGGUGAUGAAAGCUGUAUUCCCCCUUCCCCGGGGUCAGAGGGAGUACGGAAUUCAGACUCUGCCUGGUUCUGUCCAGCCCGCUUGAGAGAGCAGUCAUGAUCCCUGAGGAUGGUAACUGAGCUUCCUCUGGCAGUGACCAAAGAUUGCUGCGUUCCUCGGGGCUAAAGCAAGGCAGACAUUCCGCUCUCACUUUCCACAUCCCGUGAAAGGCUAGAGAUCUCAGAAUCUAAUCUUCCCUUGCCUGAUCCUCCCCAUCUCACUCAACAUUCCACAUUUCCACUAACAUCUGUGCUGUCAUCCCAAAGCAUAGUAAGGCCAGCCCUGGGAACAUCCUAUUAUUCACCUGUAGAAAAUACACUUCUGCCUUCCAGUGGUCUGUGCCCUUCCGGAGAAAACAUGCUUGGUGUGUUUGUAUUAGAUCUGCUCUGAAAACUAAUUUGGUUUUGGUUCUGUGAACUAUGUAAUUGCUUUUCUCCUCCCAACCCCCACCCCACCCCAGGUUAAGAGUUAAGAGAAGGAGGGAAAUAAGGACAGGAGCAGGGGUAAUGAUGCGUUAGCCCAUAAAGGAAGAAAAAUCCCUUUUCAUCUUACAAAAAGUGACUGUACCACUUAUAAAAGGAUAGGCAGAAAAUCUGGCUGUUUCAUGGGUGUGUUCCUGCCCACCAGUGCCCUCUGGAAGGCUUGGGGGUGCGUACUGCAGAGACAGCCUCCAUCCUCUCUCCAUCAAACCAAACUUGAAUUACUGGUUCAUUUCCUUGGAGUUGACCGAGACCCUUUAGGUCACACCAUGUGCAUAUGUCUGGGAAAGCAGGCAUUCUUGGUAAGGGAUUGCUGCUUUCUUUCUGGCUACAUCCAUAACUAUCUUCUCCUGGACUGACUAUAGACUUCUGAGAAUGACAGAAGGGUUUGCGGACUUGAGCAUAAUGAUCCCCUAGGGAAUGUUUAAAAUGCAGAUUCCUACACCUCAACACCCAUUCCUCUGUGGGAAUGACAGGGAGGAAAAAGAGUCCACAUUCUUAAUGGACAGCAUUAAUGGUCAUUCUGAUGCAGGCGAUCCAAGGAGCACACACCUUGAAAUUGAGAGAGACGGGCUGUGAAAACCUGCCGGCAGGGAGGGGCGCCACACCCCUCCUGGAAAGUUGUUAUUACCCCAACUUGUUUCCUGUCUAGGGCUCAUUGAGCAGGUCAAAUAAUUCCCAUAGGAUCCGAGGCAUUUAUCCGUCCCGUGAUUACUACUUAGAACAACACUUACUGUUUCCCUAGGCACUCUUUAACUAAUAGGCGAGAUAACAGUGUUAAUAGACCAGUGUUGAUAGAUCAUUAACCUUUAUGGAUUGUGCUUCAUACCAAUUUACUACCUUGACUUUGAAAACUGGCAUCUCUUGCUUGUGAUAACCACUCCGGUAUUGUGUCUGACGUGCCUAAGAAGGCAGCAAUGACCUUUUUUCUUCAUGAUGCGUAUCCACUCAGUUCAACAAUAUUUGUGACGCAUUUGCUGUGUUUUACUGAGCAUUUGGAUGGGGGCGCCUGGGUGGCUCAGUUGGUUAAGUGUCUGCCUUUGGCUUAGUCCCCUGUCAGGCUCCCUGCUCGGUGGGGAAUCUGCUACUCCCUCUCCCUGUGCCCCCCUCUCCACUCGUGUGUGAUCUCUCUCUCUCUCUCUCUCUCACUCUUGCUCUCUUGAGUGAAUGGGUAAAAUCUUUUAAAAAACUAAAAUAAGCAUUUGGAUGGUGAGGGCUACAAAGAACAGCCUUGGUCUCUGCCCUGCAGGCCCGCAAUGGAAGAUACAACAGGGAGGGUUGGAGGGGGGCACAGAGCAACCAUGGGCCACAGAAAAACGACAGUUAGGGGAACCCUGCUAAAGGUUAGGUCCAAGCCCAGAGCAGGUUAUUCAGAACCCAAGAUGAUUUGGGGGCACCUGGCUGCCUCAGUCGGUUGGGCGUGUGACUCUUAAUCUCUGGGUCAUGAGUUCAAGCCCCAUGUGUGGUAUAGAUUUUACUUAAAAAUGUUUUAAAUUUUUUAAUUAAUUAGAAAACAAAAAGAAUUGGUGAUGAUUUGGGCUUUGCUCAUCAAUGGGGGCAAAUCUUGCGAAGAUGUGAGUAGGGUGACCACCUCCCCCCUCAGAGGGGCCAGCAUUUGCAAAGGGGCAGAGGUGGGGAGUGGGUGUUGGCAAAGAAAAGAGAGGUAGAGAGGGUGAUGGGAGAUGAGCUGGAAAGUUAAGCAGUGGAUGCCCAGUCAUGGAGGUCUCGAAUGCCAGCUAGAGGAGAUCAAGGUGUAUCUCAGAGAGCAUGGGAGCCAUUGAUGAUUCAUAAGAGAGAACAGCAGGAUCAACACUGAUUGGAAAGGAAGCCUUAUGCCGAGUAUAGGGAAUCUGAAGGGACAGUAAAAGUCACUUUUUAAGGUCAAGCUGUAAGCCCACCAGAACAAAACAAAAAAGGAGAAUUAAAACCUGUUGCUGUUCUUCAGAUUUUCCAAGUAACUUUUCUAAGGUGGGUGAGAUGAGGGCAGAGUAGAUAAAUGGAAGAUGAGCAGGGGCGCCUGGGGGGCUCAGUCAUUAAGCAUCUACCUUCGGCUCAGGUCAUGAUCCUGGGGUCCUGGGAUUGAGCCCCUCAUUGGGCUCCCUGCUCGGCAGGAAGCCUGCUUCUCCCUCUCCCACUGCUGCUCCCCCGCUUAUGCUCGCUCUCUCUCUCUCUCUCUCUGUCAAUUAAAUAAAUAAAUAAAAUCUUAAAAAAAAAAAAAAGGAAGGAAGGUGAGCAGGGAAGCCAUCUCAGUGUGUCAGACCAGGUGAUUAUUCUGGGGUGUUAUGUGCUCCAACCUCACUCUGCCCCUUCCCUUUUUAGGCUAUGCGCCUUUUGGUCUCAAGCCAGGCAAGAAUGAGAGGAAUGGAUAAAAGCAUGUUUCAGUUUCAGGUCAGCUGACUGUCAUGCUUUCCGUACCACCAGUCCCCUCCUCUGGGGCCUGGGCCACCUCUGCUUGCAGGUUGUGGGUGAUGGCAUUGUCCUCUGAAGCUGAGCACAGGAAGUCUGAGCAGAGAGCGCAGGACAGUUUCCUGAUGGGAAGCUGGGGGUAGGCCCCUGGGGACUCUGGGAGAGCAACCAAUCUGGGGCCUUGGACUCCAGAGUUCUGAGUCUGUCUGGGGCUAUCUUCUCCCACCCUUUGUCUCCAAGUAGAAAUGGACUGUUUGCUGGUGGCACUUGCUGUUAGGACCGGGGAGGUGGGGAGGAUAUCAACUUUUUACUCACAGCCCAGUUUCUUUAUUUUUUUCUCCUGGCUCUGGAAUGCUCCAAGCCACGUUAAGAAGCAUGCCUCUCCCUCUUUCCUAGCAGCCAGUACCUAAAGCAAGGUCACCAAACUUGGGUCCAAACUUCCCAUUGUUCCCUGGUCUUCCUCUCUGCACUCCACUCUGUCCGCCUCUUCUAAAGACUGGGACUCUGGGUUCUCUAAUCAGACAUUAGAACCAGUUCCAAGACUGGUCCCAGUGGGCUUUAAUGAGAGCUCAGACCCUCCCCAGCCGCAGAUCUGAUGAGGCCAUUGCAUUAAGCUUCAGGUCAUGUGGGGUCUUUGCAGCGUGAAACUGAUUGCUAUGUAGGGAAGGGAGGACCGACGUUUCCACUGCUUUUCCAGGGGAAACCAGCCAGCUUGGUGGUACUGGUAUACACAGGACAUCCAUCAGGGUAGUGCUGGAGACCCUCCACUGCGCCCUCUUGUGAAUUCCAUAUCUGGUCCAACAGUGGCUGAUAAGCAAAAAAAAGAAAAAAAGAACUGCGUGUUUCUCUGAGAAGCUGUGUAACUGAAGUCACCUUAGAAUAUAUUCUAUGUGGAUGCUUAUAUUUUGUUAUCUCCAUGACUGAUAUAGCAUGUCUUAUUUUUCAAAAAAUGUGUGUAUUAGGUGCAAAUAACAUCAUGAAGUGGUAUUUAAUUAAAAAAAAGACCAUGUGACACCUA